CAGGAUUUUGAACCUGAAAUUGCUGCCCUUAUUAUUGAAAUCACUUUAAGAGAAUUUUGAAGAAAAGUGAAGGUCUCCAAAAGUGGGUUUAUCAGAAGAUUUUUAACAAAGUGGAUAUGUCCGACUUUUAUUUGUUAUAAAAUAAGAAUGGGGAGUCUCGGAAACAACCUCUCCCCUUGAGGGGUAAACUGCAUACAUCUAAUCCUCCCCAGAACCUACAAUGACGGAAGCCUCGUGCAUUAAAUACACCCUUUAAAAAAAGAAUGGGGAGCACAAAUUUUCCAAAGCGCUACGUAAUUGUCAUUUUGACCUUCUUCUGCACUUGUGUAUGCUACAUAGAACGUGUGGGCUUCUCAAUCGCAUAUACUAUUGCUGCUGAUGCUGCAGGGGUAAACCAGUCGAACAAAGGCAUGAUACUUUCCACAUUCUAUUAUGGAUAUGCUUGUUCGCAAGUGCCUGGUGGAUGGGCAGCUCAGAAAAUUGGGGGAAGGCGUGUUCUUCUCCUCUCGUUUGUAUUAUGGUCUCUAACAUGUGCUUUAGUACCGCUGGACCCAAAUCAGGUGAUUAUUUUGGUAAUUGCACGCUUACUCGUUGGAGUGGCUCAAGGAUUCAUCUUCCCCUCCAUCCAUACUGUCCUAGCACAGUGGGUACCACCGCAUGAAAGGUCAAGGUCUGUUUCUCUUACGACAUCUGGAAUGUACUUAGGUGCAGCUGUGGGAAUGCUUGUACUUCCAAGCGUAGUGAAAUUUAGGGGUCCUCAAUCUGUAUUUGUUGCUGAGGCAGCUCUAGGUGCCAUGUGGUCUCUGCUUUGGUUCAAAUUUGCCAGUGAUCCACCUCGUUCUGAGCAUCCAAAGGCAACUGCUGCUGGUUUUGGGGAAUCUUUGCUGCCUAUUAAAGGGAGUCAGAAGAUGAAAACAGAGAAUGGAGGACAUAUCAUUAGAACUCCCCAAAUCCCAUGGAAGAGAAUUAUCCUCAGCUUGCCUGUUUGGGCAAUUGUUGUGAACAAUUUCACUUUCCAUUAUGCUUUGUAUGUUCUGAUGAACUGGCUGCCCACAUACUUUGAGUUGGGCCUUCAGCUCAGCCUUCAAGACAUGGGUUCUUCUAAGAUGCUGCCUUAUCUCAACAUGUUUGUGUUUUCUAAUGUUGGUGGUGUGAUUGCAGACCACUUGAUCACUAGAAGAAUAUUGUGCGUGACUAAAACCAGGAAGGUUUUGAAUACUAUAGGAUUCGUAGUAGCUUCUUUUGCAUUAAUGGCUCUUCCCCUCUUCAGGACCUCUGGUGGAGUUAUCUUUUGUUCCUCUGUGGCUCUUGGGUCUUUGGCACUAGGGAGAGCUGGGUUUGCAGUGAACCACAUGGAUAUUGCUCCGAGGUAUGCUGGCAUUUUGAUGGGUGUUUCUAAUACAGCUGGUACAUUAGCUGGCAUUAUUGGGGUCGAUCUAACUGGCCGGCUUCUUGAAGCUGCUAAAACUGCUCAGCUGGAUCUUUCUAGUCCGGAUAGCUGGAGAGCCGUGUUUUUUAUACCGGGGUUGCUCUGCAUUUUUAGUUCUUUGGUCUUUCUACUAUACUCAACUGGGGAGAGAAUUUUUGACUGA